AUGGCUAAAGCAUGGAUGUGCCUUUGUUUCCUCAUCUUCUUCUGCCUCUCUUCAGAGAGAAACUUUAUCAAAGUCAACGCAGAUACGAAGACAUGGUGUGUAGCUAAACCUUCUUCAGAUCAAGCAACACUUCUAGAUAACAUAAACUAUGCAUGUUCUCAUGUCGAUUGUCGCCUUCUUUCGAGUGGGUAUCCAUGUUAUUCCCCCAACAAUCUCAUAAACCAUGCUUCUAUCGCCAUGAAUCUUUAUUACCAAGCUAAUGGAAGAAACUAUUGGAACUUCACGAACUCAGGACUCAUUGUCAUAACUAAUCCCAGCUACGGAAACUGCUACUAUGAAUACACAUGCCAGCAAUUGUAUCUCAAAUGUCAAAACAAUAACACAUUACAGAGUUAUAUUCAUCUUGGACCAUCACAUUCAUCUUGA